AGUAUGUAAAUACUGUAGUCACUACUAGGGGUUAACCACUGACUCCAAUCGUUUCCAUGAGACAGGAAGCAAGUUUCCAGGAGCGGACGGGUCCUUUUCAGCCUUUGGCAUCCAAACAUCGGCCUUGUACCUGCACUGACCUGGCUUCCUCUAAUCUUCACCAUGAAGACUUUUCUUCUCCUGGCGAUGGCAGUUUCGCUAACGAGCACUGCAACAACAGGAGAAAUUAGGAACGUGUAUCAGUUCGGCAAAUUCGUUAUGUGCCUAGGAGAUCUCUCCUUGUCACAGGCUUGGGAGUACAACGGCUACGGCUGUCACUGUGGCCUUGGAGGGAGUGGCACACCGCUAGACGACACUGACAGAUGCUGCGUUGAUCAUGACAACUGUUACAAGAGAGCUGUGGACAAGGGCAAGUGCUAUACGUGGGAAACCUACACCCUUCCUUAUAAGUACAAGAAAUACAGGAAGUCUGGGCGCUGUGGCAUCAAAUGCAAGAAAAGAUCCCAAUACGGUUGGCUUUCCCUAAGAAAAGCAUGCAGGGUCUUCAUCUGUAACUGCGAUCGCAAGGCAGCGAAAUGUUUCGCCGACAAGCGGUCCACCUUCAACCGCGGUUACGUAAACUAUGACAAGAGCACCUGCUAGACAAUACGCUGGCUGAUACCUGACUUGUACACCGUAGAUGACCAAGGAUGGACAAAUAUCCGAAGUAGUGAAUUAACUUAAUGACUAAAUUAACUAGAAAAUAUGACUUGCUUAAAAAAUUUCACAAUUUUGACAUAUAGUACUUUAGUGUUAUGGGGUCUUGUCCUCCUAAUCAGCAACUAGACCCCCAACAAAUUGUAACAAAAGAUUUUUCAGCAGAAUAUAGUUCUAUCCAAUGAGUGGCAUGCACAAAGUUUAUCAAAUUCCGACCACUGGAAGGAGUUUUAUUGGGGGGGGGCUUUUAAAGUGGUCAGAAUUUGAUAGACUUUCUGCCUGUCGCUCAUCACAUCAAGUAGGGCUGAAAUCCGUUGAAAAACCUUUUGUUAGAAUUUGUUGGGGAUGAGGGUACUUUUUCACUUCAAUCUACCCGAUAUAAACACCAAAAAGGGGAAACAACUCACAGGAUCUACAACGAUAAACAAAGUUUCUUUAAUUCGCUCAAAAUCUAGCGUACAGCUUUCCGCACUGCGGUCAGAACCACAACUACACCGUUCCGACUCUGCUCCAAAACAGAUUGUAAAUAAUCCCCGCCCGUGAACUUUGCCAAACCCUUCCUGCGCCUGCCAAAACCGGAUCCGCCGGCGCCUGAGGCUGUUCUAGUGGUAACAAAAUAUAUAUUAACGGUCGGUUACAGUACGUUCAUAAACGAUUUGGCGAUAUUUCAUUUCCGAAAAUUGUCAUUACAGAUUUACACACGAGACAAAUUGAAAAUAUUUCUGGCUAUGGCUAAUAUGUAUAGCGAUUUUAACCGCCAUUUGCAACAAUCAAUCUGAAUUGUGGCAAAAAGAUGUCGAGCUCUCUGACAUUUUGUGUUUGUCGUCCUUAGGCCCUAAAUUCCAAACACGCAUGCUGAGUUUGCAGCUCAUCAUUUACGAAGAUUGAAUAGGGCCUAGAACCUGAAAGUAAAAGGUCACGGAGCAAGCUUUAGGAACCCUCGCGCGGUCCGCCCAAGGGAUUUUACAUUGGGUCGUCCUAUAUAUCACGUUGGAUAAUUUUUGGAAGAAUAUUUUCUAAUCAAAACCCACCCAGCAAAACACUUAUGUUUUCCUGAAGUAAUAUUUAGGAAAAGCCAUGGGUUAAAACGAAUUUAAUUAACGACCUUUCACGUCCGACGAUAUCGUACCCAGGUUUCCUUGUCGUGCACGUUUGUUUUCACUCCUAGUGCUUACGUAAAAACGAGAUCAUACAAUUUUCAAAGAUUUGCCUACCUGCUGACGAUGGUUCCAGAUUUCGUUGAAUUGAAACGCAGUUGUUGCCAGUAAAGGUUACGUCAAUUCAACGAAAUCUGGAAGCCAUCGUCAGCAGGUAGGCAAAUCUUUGGAACAUUGUACAAUCUGGGUACCUAUAGGUUUCAUUGUUCGUGCACGUUUGUUUUCACUCCUAGAGCUUACGUGAAAACGAGAUUGUACAAUGUUUCAAAGAUUUGCCUACCUGCUGACGAUAGCUUCCAGAUUUCGUUGAAUUGACGUAAUGCAGUUGUUGGCAGUAACAUUUAAAUAAAGUAUUAGAAUAUUUCGUGAAGGUGUAUUAUUCCUUUAACCUUAUUACCUUAUAAAUUAGAAAAUUCCAUAAAAUAUUUUAAUCUGUUUUUAUUUCGGUUCUUAUCAACGGACUACCAUACUAAAUUCAAACCGUAAAUGUUCAACUACGUACAAGAUCGCUGAAUUGGACUGUUCUUCACUUUCGGAAGUGAUUGGUCCAUUUUUGGCAUGGUAUUUCUCUUUUUAGGUCAGCUAAUUUCUUCAGUUUCUGCAAAUUGACAUCCUAGCAAAUAUUUUCCAAAGGCCUUUUCCGAGUUGGAUUUUUAAACAAGCAACUGAACAAAAAAAAAUAGGACGAAUUCUAAAAUGUUUGAACGUUAUUUUUCCUAUUCAUUUGUUCCUAAAGCAUGCCACCAGAGGUCAACUUUCAGGCUUUAGUAGAAAAGACGGAUCUUAGGUUAAUAAUUUUAGGGGGUAAAGGUACAUAGCAAUAAAGAAAUUCACAGUGGCUUGCAAUAA